CCCGUCAAACCUUCCCAGCGAACGGAGCGUGCUUGCAGAUUUUCGCACCAAUUAUGAGCUAUUUGGAAAAAAUGGAUCGCUAUCUCGAUUCGCUAAAAGUUGGCAAGAGUGCGAUGGUAGACUCCUGGUUCAUGAUGUCCAGCCCGAUGCCACUCUUAUGCGUGGUAAUGUUUUACUUACUCUUCAUCAGAAUUGGACCGCGCUUGAUGAAAAACCGACCUCCACUAAGAAUAAACAAACUUUUAAGCUACUACAACGCCUCGCAAGUCAUACUCGCCACCACAAUUUGUAUGAAGGUGUUCAAAUUGAAUCUAUUUAGAGAUGGUAUAUUAUAUGCAGGGUGUCGAUAUCCGUCCAACACGCAAAAUCCAAUGCUACUCGAUUUAGGCUGGUGGUAUUUUUUUGCGAAAUUUACGGAACUCCUUGAUACAGUCUUCUUUGUUCUAAGGAAGAAAGAUAAGCAGUUAACAUUUCUACAUGUCUAUCAUCACGUGAUCAUGGCUCUGUAUUCGUGGAGCUACCUCAAGUUUGCAGCUGGUGGAGAAGGAGCUAUUCUUGCACUCCUGAACUCAAUCGUACAUGUCGUUAUGUACACGUACUACUUAUUGUCAGGCUUGGGACCAAGGUUUCAGAAGUAUUUGUGGUGGAAGAAGUACGUUACUAAGAUGCAAUUGAUUCAGUUCGUAUUGAUGCUCUCCUACUGUGCGUGGACGUACAAUUCGCCUCGAUGUCAAUACGCUACUGGAUUCACCUACUUCAUAUCAGCUAACGUUACUAUUUUCCUCUUAUUGUUCCUAAACUUCUAUGCUAAAAGCUACAAGAUGAAAAGAGAUUCUAAGAAAGAAAACGAUAAGACUUCAAACGGCUUUAACAAACAAAACGGAGUAAUGGAUGAAAGGAAUGGCGGAUGUGACAUGAAGGAGAAUGGAAUAUGUCGAGAAGCAAAUACUGAUGCUCCUAAUAUAGAAGAAAUACCAUUCGAAGUCAAUAAAGCUUGUGGAGACUAUACUAAAGAUGGUAAAAUGUUUCUAACAAGAAGAACCGCCAAAGCUACGUACGGUUCGGAGUACGAUUACGACAGCAUAAUGAAAAAAUGAUUCAAUUAAGUCAAAAAUCGUCAUAGAUUGUUCAUUUGAGACUGAUGAUUGUGAU